UAUUUCGAACACCCGGUAUAAUCGGGCGACAGCGCGGCGCACGGUCAGUUAUAGGCGUGGACACAUAGAAUAUGUAGAGAAUGUUUGUGGCAGUUUGGAGGAAUUGAAUCUCUCGCGUGGAAGAAUUUUCGGAGCAAAGAGAUAAAACAUAUCACGGUUUUUUUUUUUAAAAUGGCCAUUGGAAAUCGUUUUUAUCUUCUCGCGACAGUGUUUCUGCUUAUUUGCUGCAUCCAAGAAGGGUUUUCUAUCAAAUGUUGGGUAUGCAGGUCAGACUCAGAUCCAAAAUGCGCGGAUCCGUUUGACAAUUCCACUGUGCCUAUUACAGAUUGUAAACAAGAGCCUGAAUUGGGCCAUUUACCAGGUGUAAAACCGACAAUGUGUCGCAAAAUUCGUCAAAAAGUUAAUGGUGAAUGGAGAUAUUUUCGUAGCUGCGCUUAUAUGGGUGAACCCGGGAUUGCAGGUGACGAACGAUUUUGUUUGAUGCGAACUGGAACGUAUAAUAUAUUUAUGGAAUAUUGUACAUGUAACAGUAAAGAUGGUUGUAAUUUAGCGCCAUAUCAACAUGGAAAUUGGUUGCUCUUGUUAAUCGGUUUGAUAACAACCGUUCGAUAUAUUUUCGUUGUCUAAAAAAGUCUAGCCAGAAAGUUUUAACAGAUCUGAUUUACACUGGAUAGUUUAGAUUUCAGUAAGUAAUGUUUUUAAAGUUCAAGAUUUACUUGUACUUAUUAUAUAAAUACUCCUCUCACAUUUUACACAUCGAACUUCAAAGGUAGGUUAACUUAAACAAAUAUAUUGAUAGAUACUAGAUACUACGGUCUCUCCGCAAUGUAAUUUUAUAAUUUUGCAAUUUUGUAAUUUUUAUAAUCUUUUUUUUGAGAGAAAGCAUCUAAGUGCCUAUUGUAUGCCUUACUAUAAAAGAAUAAUGACAAUUUUUUAAAAAUAUUUAUAAGAAGGAAUAACUUCCAGUAAGUCAAUAGCAUUUACCUUGGCUUAAGCAAUAUUUUAUCAAUAUAAAUUACAUAUUUUAUAGAAAUAUAUAUUUUCUAU